AGCACUGGUUCUCGAUUCUCUUUUAUAUAAAGAGAGAGAGAGAUUAUUCUCAUCACACAAUUAACCCACACCAGUAAUUUCCAUUGCUUUUCUUCUUGAGUACUCAUGGCAGCAGAAAACUUCCCACUCCAAGAUCGGGUAGCCAUCGUUACCGGCUCUUCGCGAGGAAUCGGCAAAGCAAUUGCCCUUCACUUAGCCUCCCUUGGAGCUAAACUCGUCAUCAACUACUUCUCCAAUUCAGCUCAAGCCGACGAAGUCGUAUCCCAAAUCAACUCCACCUCCGAUCACCCACGCGCCAUCGCCGUCAAAGCCAAUAUCUCCGAUCCAGAUCAAGUCAAAUCCCUCUUCGACGCAGCAGAAUCAACCUUCCAAUCUCCCGUCAACAUACUCGUCAACUCCGCAGGCGUAAUGGACGCAAAAUACCCGUCAAUCCUCAACACAUCCCUCGAGGAUUUCGACAGAACUUUCGAUAUAAACACACGUGGAUCCUUCAUCUGCUGCAAAGAAGGUGCUGCUAGAAUCAAACAAGGCGGAGGAGGGAGGAUCAUAUGCUUAUCGACAUCAUUAGCAGCUGCAUUUAGGCCUGGAUUCGGUGCGUACACGGCGUCAAAAGCGGCGGUGGAAGCGAUGGUGAAAAUACUGGCGAAGGAACUGAAAGGAACGGGAAUAACGGCAAAUUGUGUGGCGCCGGGACCUAUAGCGACGGAUAUGUUUUUCGAUGGGAAAACGGAGGAGAUGAUAAACAAGGCGAUUAAUGAGUGUCCACAUGGUAGACUUGGAGUGUCGGAGGAUGUUGCUCCGGUGGUUGGUUUUUUGGCUGGUGAUGCUUCUGAAUGGGUUAAUGGACAGAUUCUUCGUGUUAAUGGCGGAUACGUUUGAUUCUAUUUGCUCGAUUUCACCAUCAAUAAUGGUCCCUCCAUCUCCAUUGCUAAGGAUGAUUUCUCAUUCUGUUACUGCAUUGCCUGGAUGGAGGUAUAUCUGGACUUUGUUAUAUUCUCUAUGUACUGUCGUAUGAUUACAAAAUUUGUAUCCGAAGCCAAUGAUAAUACUUAGUUGGUUAGUUAUCUGAAAUUUCAUUGGUUCAA